AUGGGUCUCAGGGCUUGCAGCUUGGGCGACAUCACACUCGCAGCCUGCAGAAUCUGCUUUCUUUACUCUUUUCUCUCUCUCUCUUCUGUCUUCCUCUCCCCACUCCCCAACUCCACCAGGUUCGAAAAAGGUGACAGCUGCUCGCCCAGCAGGUCACCCCGCCGCAAGGCGGUCGGUCGAUCUCUCUCGGCAAACUCUCUCCUCUUCACAACCCAGCGACAUCAACCGUUGAGCCUGCUCACGCUCUUUUGGCCUGGAGCUCACCCCUGCCCGGGAUUCUCUGUCCUCCAAAAGGACAACAUCGCCUACCUGGCGAACAUUUCCGGACCGGCCAUUGCCGAAUUCAAUAUUCCGCCUUUCUCUGAGUGCUGGGCGCACUUGUACAACUUGUGCCCUCGCCCUGGCGUCUCCGUCGAUGUGCUUGAGCGGUGCAUCGCUCUCAUCCGUGAGGAGACAGUUCGCUACGUCAACACACUCCCCGCGUCUGUGCAGGCUUCCAUCAAGGAUCGUGCCAAGGAGGACAGUCUUUACUUUGGGUACAUGCGGCAUGAGAUUCAGCUUCCGCAGGGCAAGGAGCUCGCCGCUAUGACUCUUCAGGGGGUGGCUUGGGAGCUGGCGAUCAACCAGAUGCAGGCUUAUGGAUUUCACGCCCGGUUAUGUUGCAAGAAUCUUCUUCGACCUUUCUGA